AUGUCAUCAAUUAAAACUGUGUUGAGUUUGACUGCUACUCUUGAUUUAGAGGUUGAGAAAAUGGAUGUGAAAACGACUUUCCUUCAUGGCGAUUUGGAGGAAGAGAUAUACAUGAAACAAUUCAAUGGUUUUCAAGUUAAAGGUAAGGAAGAUCAUGUGUGUAGAUGGAGAAAGAGUUUAUAUGGGUUGAAACAAGAUCUAAGGCAGUGGUAUAAGAAGUUUAAGUCUGUUAUGUGUGAUCAAGGAUACCGAAAGACUACUUCAGAUCAUUGCGUCUUUGUUAGAACAUUUCCUAACUAUGACUUUGUAAUCCUGUUGUUAUAUGUUGAUGAUAUGAUUAUUGUAGGAAAAAGUAUUUAUAACAUUAACAUGCUAAAUAAGAAAUUGGGAGAGUCAUUUGCCAUGAAAGACAUGGGAGCAGCAAAACAGAUUAUUGGUAUUAGAAUCAUGUGUGACAGAAAAGAGAAGAAACUUUGGAUGUCACAAGAAAAUUAUAUCUAA